AUGCCAAGGCAUGUUGUUCGAGAAAAGAGGAACCCCGAAGAGUGCGAUUUGAAUGCCACUGAAAAACUUCUCGAAACUUAUGAAGAUGAGCACAGUGACGAAAAGGAGCCUUUCUCGUAUCGGAAUUGGACAGAGAUUCUGAGAUUUCCCGAGCCGUCGAAAAUCUAUGAGCCCGGAAUUCUCGACGAGGAUGAGUUUACCGGAGACAAGUCGGAAUUCUUCAAAUUGCGUGGGGAAGAGCCGCAAGUUGAUGAUGACGGUUCGCAGAAUUCGAGCAGUAGCGGUGUUGAUUCUCCAGAGCCAAAAGAGCCUUAUUCAAUGUGGGAUUGCUACACGAUGGUGCAGAAAAUGAUAUUUUGGUCGAGAAUCUAUGUGCUAGUUCUUCAAUGCAUCAGCUCGAACGUUUUCCGUGAGCAAUUCUACACCGACGCUUUUUAUGGAGCAGAUGCCAGAGCUAGGCAAUAUCGAGAUUUUCAUGGUGAAAUAAUCGUUCGAUAUCUGUUAGCUGGUUUAAGGAGAUGGGAUGCUCAAUAUUUUCUGUUCCUCAUGGACACCGACUAUAUUUCGGAACGGAGUUUGGCGUUCUUCCCAGGAUAUCCUUGGAUUGUCAACUUCACUAAAAUCUGCAUCGCUUCCUACAUUAAACAUUUGACGGGAUACUCAGCAAAAACAUGGGUUUUGUCGGCGGUUUUCUCAGUUGUUGUUAACUUGAUAUUCUUCCAUAUCGCUGCUCAUCUGUUGUUCUUUAUCACAUAUCAAGUGACACGUAGUGUCAGAAUAUGCCUCAUCGCUGUUUCUCUUUUCGUCUACAACCCGGCAUCCAUUUUCUUCACAGCCGCUUAUUCGGAGUCUACAUUCUGUGCAACGACGUUCUCUGGAAUUCUGCUCGGUCUUCUGUCGUGCCGAAUGACUGACCUUGUUGCGAAAGGCGGCUCCACCGUAUUCGCUUCGGUAUUCUUCGCGUGCGCUUUGAUGAUCCGAUCUAAUGGGUUGUUGAACGUUUUCUUUGCAAUUUGGUUCAUGAUGGGCGCCAUGCUUUUCGAAAUGGAGAAUCCGAUUCCCGGCUUCUCGUCGAUUCGCGCUAGGAUAGCAAAUAUUCGAAACAAGAAGGCCCGGGUUGACAUGAUACUUGAUGUGAACGAGCUUGAGGAAAAGUGGCGAAAACCGCGAAAACAAUUCCGCAUCGGAAUGCCCGGAAGAUCGACAUUCAUUUCACUCAAUAUUGUCGGCGCAUUUUUAUGUUUGAUUUGUGCAAUUAUCAUUCCACCGUAUGCAAUCUACAGUUAUCAUACUUCCAUUGAAUUUUGCUCUACAAACAGCACGCUUGCUCGAAUUGCUCAACGAAUCACACGAAACAUGCAAACGAAUGAGGUGCUCGCCGGACAGCCGGAGAGAAUGCGCUGGUGUCGUCAACCGCUAAUGUUCGGAAUUUUUCCAACCUUUUACUCGCAUAUUCAAAAGAAGUAUUGGGAUGUGGGAUUGUUCUCGUAUUGGCAAUUCCGCAAAAUUCCGUGCUUUUUGUUGGCGCUUCCGGCAGUUGUCAUCACAUUAUUAGCAAUUCGACACGCAUUGUGGGAUGUUUUUGAUAAUAAGAAAUAUCGCAACAUUUGGGUGUUAUUCUGCAAAACGAAUCACUCAUUGCCAUUUGCAAUUCAUGCCACUGUUCUAUUAAUUGUCGGAAUGUUUAUUAUCAACGCUGAAGUUUACACGCGACUCAUUUUCUCCUCGUCCCCAUUUUUGUACAUAUAUUUAGCUCGAUGGAUUGAUGAGCAGAUUGGAAAGAAUGAUUUUGGCGCAAGAAUGUCCGAUUUUGUCAAUGCGCCGACAUUUCUUCCAUAUUUCACGUUGAACGCCGUUUGGAGAUUGUGGCAAGGCAAACUAUUGAUCAUCUAUUUUCUGGGCUACUUUGUGUUCGGCACAAUGGCUCAUGCUGCAUGGCUACCGUUUACACAUAUGGAUGAGUUUCUGAAAAAAUUGAUUCUUCGCGGAGAAUCGAUUUUGGCUGAAAUUGUUCGCCUUUCUAGAUUCGUCGCCAAUGAUUUUAAGGAUCCGUCGCGUUCAAAAUUUAGAAAACUCCUUCUUGAUUUCAAAUAUUUUGAGAAACCGAAUGUUUACGAGGAGGAUUUAUCUAACGAUACGCGACUUCAAUCCGUUUUUUACGCCACACAUGGUCCAAUGAUAGUGGCGUUCGAGCUAUUGUUCAAUUCGAUCGCCGAUUUUAUGCAAAGCUUCCAAAAAUAUGCGGAAAUGGAAGAGGAUAAUGGCGAUGGUCUUGAAGAGCUUGAAACGCACUGCCUGUUCGCGUGUGGACUCGUCGCUCUAUACGUUGAGAAGUUUUUGGCGGCGCCGAUUCGCGAGAGAAUAUUUCUAGCCAUUUAUCGACGAAGCAGCACACAUCAGAAAACCUACGAGUUUUUGGUGGAUUUUUUGAGAAGCCAAAAGAAUUCGAGUGAUCCUAUAAUUAGGAGAUGUUCCAUUAAUCAAAGAUUCGUGAGAAAAAUCGUCAGCUUCUUAGAAUCCAAGAAUUCGCCCAGCCUCGCUCCUCAAAUGUACAUGACUCUCUCAUUUGAGCAAUCGAUUAUUGCAACCGGCACGAUUCAAAUUAAUCGAAUUGUGAGCGCCAUUUUCCGUGAAAAAUGGGUAUUCAAUAUGGGAUUUGGCAUAAUUGUCAAUUUGUUCGAAGUAUGGUACUACCAGAAGGCUGCCUAUUCAGCGCUGAGCUCGGUGAUUCCGUCGGCGGAAGCAAUUAAAGUGGCUAGGAAGCACCUUGAGGUUUUGAGUUCAACGGAAAUCCCCAAAAGCAUUUCGGCAAUGUCAGAGUUUGAGAAAUAUCUUGGAAUUAGUGCGAAUUUCAACAGAUCUCUUGAAUGGCUGACGCUUCAUUCAAGCAGAAUCUAUGGCGGAGCUCGUGGUAAAUCGAUUACAUCGUCAAUGAAAGACGUCAGCCUCGAUGCGAAAUUAUUUUCGUGGCUUCUUGAAGUUUCGUCGUUCGAAAUGAAACUUUUGGAUCUAUUUGAAGGGAACAUUGAGAAUCGAACGAAGCAGAAAGAAAUGUUCAAGAAAAAUGUCGUACGAUUACUUGAGCAACUUUCAAAUUUCUUUGAGCAUGGACUUGUCGAGCUGGGUCCCACGCAGAAAGAAAACUUCAAGAAAUGGAUAAAAAAUGUAAAUGUUGCUAUUAGUGAAAUGGAUUUAAACGAGAUCGAGGCUUCUAUGGACUUGGUCCAACAAGUUCGGAAGCGCGUCAAACAAGUUGGAGAGUUGUUGGGAUUUGGGACGAAUUUCGUUUUGAAAGAAUGCUUGUUGAAAAUCGAUUCGGAUUUGAAGAAUUUGUUAGCUUUGCUGAAAUUGGAUGAAAGCGGACUUAAGAAUGUUUAUAGGAAAAUUCAUGCCGAUUAUUUGUGGCCCCUAUUUGUGACAAUUAUGCCAAAUUUGGAGCAAGUUUUGCUGUCGUCGAAAUCGAAUAAAGGCCUUCGAGAGAUUUUCACGAAAAUGGCGACGUCGAUAUACGUUUUGGAGGAGGAGUUGAACAAAUUGGUGGUUCUCAAAAGUCCGAAAGAGUUUGAUUGCGUCAAACGGAUCGCCACCACAUAUUCAAACUUUUUGGAAAUUCAACUACGCGCGGUUCUUCAAUCCGUCCCAAAGCAUCUUUUCACUGUUAUGCACAACGUUAUUGCCCCAAACUUGGCAACGAAUCAAUUUCACGGGACGAUUGAGAAGUCUGAGCUGAAAGCGAUAUCUGAAACAUUCCUUAGUGAGAAACUGGUUGAAGAAACUUAUACCAUUACAAAUAUGAGUAUGGGAAUUUCGAGGAUGAUGCUCACAAAACUUGGAACAGUUCCAAUCAAACCGAAACAGUUGUUGGAGGAUGGAAUCAGUCGGCAGCUGGAUGAGGAGGUCAAAAAUGUUAUGAAGAACCAUGGGGCCACGCUUGAAUCUCAUUACAAUACGUACACAAAAUUGAAUUCGAUGAAGGAAUCGUUUUUCUAUCUUGCCGAUUUUAUGAAUCUCAACGGAUUUUCGAUUUGGAAGUGCUCAAUGGAAGACCAUUUCGCGAAAGCGGCCGAAGAUCGCGAGUUUCCGCUCGUCGAGCUUGUUUUGCGGGUGACGAAUCCGAAAUCGACGAGAUUCACGUGGCACGAUCUUGGUUGGAAGGAUGCUAGAAGUCGAAAAGUCGCAAUGCCUUAUGAUUAUUUGAGAAGGAUUGGAGAACUCAUUCAUCCAUAUCCUUUAAACGCGUUGGAAUCAAUUCUUCUCGGCGAUUUAGAGCAAUUGGUCAAAGAUCAUAUGAAGAAUUGGCGGAAAAUAGGCAGCUCACUCAAUUACACGUUUUCUCUGGAUGCUUGCGAGACGGUUGUGACGUCUCCGGAAUACGAGAAGCUUUCUAAACUCGUCACACCGCAAGCAGCGGUGUUGUCAAUGCAGCUGGCGCAAAUUGGGCAGAUUUUGUUGAUUUUGAAGAACAUUGGAGAGAGCAAACGUCUGAUUAAUAGUCUUCGUGGAAAUUGCAUCGAAAGUGAGGCGAGAAUUUGCAAUGAAUUUCUUGUUGCAAAUCCGAAAUGCCUUCAAUCGAAUACACCGGCAUUGAUGAAAAUGUUUUCAUAUUUUUCGAUUUUCAAUCCGGAGAAACUUAUAUUCCAAAUUAGGGACGACCCGCAUCCGUUGCUCAUGGUCUCCCUCUUGCAAUGCAUUACACCGAAACUUCAAGAUCUGUGUCCGGAAAUGCUAUCAAUCGGCAUUCGUUUCGUUCUUCGCCAAGCGAAAUCCUAUCAAAAUAAUAUUGCGUUCUUCGAGACGAUGGCGACGACGAUUAGCGACAAUUUGAAGAAGACGACACCAGAAUGUGAUAAGUUGUUCAAAAACAUUGUAGAUACUGAUUAA